GCUGAGGGCGCGCGGGUUGCGCGAACGCCCUAGUGCUCCUCUGAAAAUCCGUGGGGCGCAGGGGUUGACCCGCAUUGUGCGAGCUGCUCCUCCCGUUGGUGGGCAGUGCGCGGGAUGCGCUCUGCCGGGCUCCGGAAGCGGGGCUCGGCGUAGACACUCCCCGAGGUCUGAGGAGCUCAGGCGCCCCGAAGCUUGGGUUCCCUCCUCUUGGUAGUUAUGCUUUUGUCCUGAUGAGCGCGGACUAGAUGGAUUCAUUGUAAAUUAAAGUCACUGUUCGGCCCUUUUCUGUUCUGCACUGAUUCUGCACUGACUACGGGGAUUUCGAAUCUGACAAUCUCUCAGGCCCUAGUCCAGAGAUGAUGUAUCUGUGCGAAUGUUUAAGGCAGGAAGGAGAUGGGCAUUUUUGUUUAAGUAACUCCUCCUCACUUGCAUUCUCUUCAGCCCUCUUCAUUUAGGAGGAAAAAAUGUUUAUUUCUCUGUGGGAGUUCUUCUAUGGGCACUUUUUUCGAUUUUGGAUGAAAUGGCUCUUACGACAGAUGACUGGAAAGUGUGAAUUGCAGCGAAUUUUUGAUACUUAUGUAGGUGCACAAAGGACACACAGGAUAGAAAGUUCAUUGACAUACUCCAAGAAUAAGGUUUUACGGAAAGCAACACUUGUUCAGAGCGAAGUGGAUAAAUGUGUUGAAGACAUAAUGAAGGAAAAGAAUAUCAACCCUGAGAAGGAUGUCAGUUUUAAAAUCUGCAUGAAUGCAUGCUUACUGCAGAUAACUGGUUAUAAACAGCUCUAUUUGGAUGUAGAGAAUGUGAGAAAAAAGCCAUAUGAUUCUGAUAACCUACAACAUGAAAAGCUGCUUCUCAAGCUUUGGAGUCUUCUAAUGCCCACGAAAAAGUUGAAGGCUAGAAUCUCCAAGCAGUGGGCUGACAUUGGUUUCCAGGGUGAUGAUCCCAAAACAGAUUUCAGAGGCAUGGGCAUACUUGGAUUAAUCAAUCUCGUGUAUUUCAGUGAAAAUUACACCAAUGAAGCUCAUCAGAUUCUUUCCCGCUCAAAUCAUCCAAAAUUAGGGUAUUCUUAUGCAAUAGUUGGAAUCAAUCUUACAGAGAUGGCUUAUAGCUUAUUGAAGAGUGAAGCUUUGAAGUUUCAUCUCUACAACUUUGUUCCUGGGAUACCAACAAUGGAACACUUUCAUCAGUUUUAUUGUUAUCUUGUCUAUGAAUUUGACAAAUUUUGGUUUGAAGAAAAGCCCGAAAGCAUUAUGUAUUUCAACAUGUAUAGAGAGAAGUUUCAUGAAAAGAUUAAAGGACUCUUACUGGACUGUAAUGUAUCACUUACUUUAAAAAUAUGAAUCAUCCAUAUUAUCUUCUAUUUCUACCACAUUUUGCACACAUAACAGAAUUUAUAUGUUGUAAUAGAAAUUAUCUGAUUAAGUACACUCCUUAUGUAUAAUUUCCUACAAAAAUAUUUCAGAAAUUCUAUUUAAGAAAGCUAGUGGACAAUCAGUGUAUGUUUACAGUUGUUUAUACACUGUCCUCCAAAGGUACCUUAUCCUUCCAAAGACCCCACUCUGUCAAGUCAUGUGAACUAUGGUUUGGAACUCGGGACCUAGCCCAUUUAGUGUAAAGGUACAGAUCAGGUAUUUGUAUUAAAUUGGUUGAUUAAAAUGUGUAAAAAUCAGCUUACAUUUUUAUGUGUUUUGCUAUCAAGAUGUGUCUUUUCAAAGCUCUAUUAUGAUUUUUUUUCUUUUUUUCAUUUAGAAUGAUUGUUUUUAUUUUCUCCAUCUUUUAUUUCUAGGUUAAUUAACAGGGAGAGUAGCUCUCCAUGGAUUUCCUUGUUUGCUUCUCAGUCACGUGUCAUAGUGCUACUUCUGGGUACGUCAGAGAGGAUGGAGGGUUGUGGCAUUCUUUCUGGUUUCUCUAAUUAUUUAGCAUAAUAGAUAAUGAGAGAAUGACAGUAUUGUUGACUUUUUUGUUUUUAAACCACACUUUAAAAUAUCACAGUGUUAUUUCAAAAUUUAAAGAGUUUUUCUCAUUGUUAAUAUUUGCUCUUUAUCAGUUGUAGAAAAGAACCUUAGUGCUUGGUGUGAGGGCCUUCUCUGAGGCUUCUCUACCUCUGUGUGCUUAUGAAAAGAUAUGUGUUUGUUAAGAAAAUUGUGACCAUAGUCAAAAGACAGUUGCUUCUUCAAUAAAGCUGUCUUUGAACUUAAACAAGAGGAAACCUUAAAGCUUUUGAAAAAUCUUGGUUAAACAUCAUUGGUUUAUUUUAUUUACUAUUAACUCUUGCUUCUCUUUGCUUUGACCCCUUCCAUAAUGUUUCUAGAUAAUGGUGUAUGGACUCCAUGGGUAUUCCCUGAGUUAACAGUCUGUGAGAUUUUAAAGUAGCCUGAGGAUGGUGACCAUGCAUUGUGCAUGGCUUCAUUCUUCUAAAAUCUUAGGAGGGCAGCAAGUGCUGCCAAAGGUUAUACAGUGAUGAGAUUCUGAUGGGAACAAUUUCGUCUUUGUGUGUUUUAGACAUUUGUACAUGUAACAAAGUUUACGAAGUUUAAAGAUAGGUUCACCUGAUUACUAAGUUCUCCUUAAAUCCUGCAGAAAUUAGUCUCCUUAAAUCCUACAGAAGCCAAACUUGCCAAAGUCAAGAGUGGUGAUAAAGAUCCAACUGGAAAAUUGGAAAAUAACAAAGGCAGUUUUGUAUAGCACAUACAUAAAGAGUGCAUGCAUUAAAGUUAUUUUCUCAACAAGAUACAACUGUUUUUUAAAAUUGUGUUCAAUAGUGGUGGUUUAGCUUUUCAGUAUUACCGGAUUUUAAAAAUUGGUUUCUUGUAGGAGACUUUUCAACCUUGGGGAUAUCUUUCUUUUUUUUUUUUUUUAACUGCUUUCAAUGCUUUAUCAUCCAGCUAGAGUUCUGUGAGAUGUUGCAAAAUCCUGUUAAGGAUCAGGUGUUAACCAUUCAAGUUCUUUUUAUCAAGGUGUUUGCUAUUAACAAUAAUGUUAUUCUUUUAAUUUUCAUGCUGAAAAUACUUACCUUUAUAUUUUAAUCUUUCAACAGCUAAAGUCUUGAAUUUUUUGAAACCUUUGUCAUUAUGCUUAAUAAGAGAAUGAUUCAAGUAUUAAAGGGGAAACUUUAAGUAAUUCAGUUUUUACUCCUUUACAGAGAAAGAAAACUUUUUUUUUAUUAAGGUAUUAUUGAUACACACUCUUAUGAAGGUUUCACAUGAAAAAACAAUGUGGUUACUACAUUUACCCAUAUUAUCAAGUCAUCGCCAUUCCCCACUGCACUCAGUGUCCAUCAGUGUAGUAAGAUGCCACAGAUUCACCAUUUGCCUUCUCUGUGCUACACUGUCUUCCCCUGUGACACCAUGUGUACUAAACAUAAUAUCCCUCAAUCCCCUUCUCCCUCCCUACCCACCCUCCCAUGCCCCUCCCCUUUGGUAACCGCAGAGUCUGUAAGUCUGCUGCUGUUUUGUUCCUUCAGUUUUGUUUCAUUGUCAUAAUCCACAAAUGAAGGAAAUCAUUUGGCAGUGUGAGAAAGAAAACUUUUUAAUAAUGUUUAAAAAAUAUCAUUACAAAAUUUGUUCUUUGAAUCCACCACUGUUGUACAAUAUAUGUGUUGUUCUGUUUUUGUUUAAAAUAAUCAGUAACCUUUUCAGGCAGUUCUAUAGUGAAUUGGUCUAAAAGCUACCAACAGAAUCUAAGGUUUGAUAGCCUGGAAGCCAAGCAGUGUGUCACCAGUUGUAAAUUAGAACAUAACAUGAGCCUUCCCCCUUGUAUGUGAGUGACAUACAUGAAAAGAAAGAUAGGAUAAUUGUGUCUGCUGUCUUACUUUUCCUUGCUUUAAACAUAUGUAUGUUAGAGUUUUAUGUAGUCUUAAAACCCAUAUUUAGACUCUUAUUUGUUUCUGUAAUAAUUAAUAAAAUACCAAAGUAGUGAUAGAAUUGAAGUAGCAGAAAAAUUAUGUUUGUUUUAACAUCAAAAAGUGAAUCAGUGUUCAAGUGAAUAUUUGUAUGUGCCAGAUUAAAGAGAGUGUGCCAGUGACAAGAAUAGUCUAAAAAUAUGAUACAAUCAUUGUAGUUCAAAUAUGUUCUGAAAGACAAUCUUUCAAAUAAUGGGAGAAAUCAGGGGGUAUCAGUGAACCUACACCAAACCUCUCUUUGUAUGUCAAUAGGGUGGUAUAGUUAGAUGUGUAUAAUCAGUGGCCUACUGGCACCAUUUUAGUGAAGAAAACAAUCUUUUCCUUGAAAAUGCUCAUCCUUAUUCUUUUUCUAUUUUAAGAUCUACUUGGAUUUGUAUGUAUUUUUCUAUUUGAAAAUAUGUGUACUCUUCAUUUUUAUUGCAAUAUUCAUAGUUUUUUAUGUACCAUUUCCCCCUUUGCAUUCAGUAAAAUAGAGCUUGGUCAAAGAUAAGCUCAAAGGAGGAAGUAUUACUUGAGUGUGAAAAGUAGAAUGCUCAUUGCCAGAGCAGAAAGAUCACACAAUAUCAUGGCACAGAAGAGAAGAGGUUUGGCUUGUAGGACAAUAAUGUUUUCUGUCCUUCUUGAAUCGAUUAGGGACUAGCAGCUGUUUUCUUAGGAUAAUGGUCCACUCAACUUCCUAUGCACAAGUCUGGGGAGACUUAAUUUCCAUUUUCAUAUUUAUGAACCUCUCUCCACACAGGCAGUUUUUUAUGAAAAUUGAAAGAAUUGUUAAAAAUCUGAGAGAAAUCAUAAUUGAGCUUUUUACCCCUUGGCUUCAGUUUUUGACAAGAAAAGUUAAUAAUGUAGUACAGGUAGGGCUGUACUACUCUACUGUCACAGGGCGAUUCUGUAUUUCUGUUAAACAAAGUAUUUAAAAAAUAUUUAAACACUGUCUUUCCCAGAAAGAAAAUGUGCUGGUUGGCAACUUAAAAAAGAUGACUUCUGUCUACUUUGGAUAAAGCAAUUAACUUUUUAUGUAAAAGCAAUAGUUGAAAUGUGAUGUCGUUUUGUUUGGAAUGUUGUGAGUAAAUAAAAACAUGAUGAAAUUGUG